GUUAGGGUGGACUUCGUUGUUAUCGUGUAGCCUACACCCCCUCUCUCUCUACCUCGCUCUCUCUCUCUGCCCGUCUCUCUCCCCCUCGUUCUACUUCCCAUCUCUUCCUUAAUCCCAUUUGCCAUUGUACAUGCCCAAUCGCCGUGUACUUUCCGCAUUUAACUUGGAUGACAUUUUUAUUUCAUCAUUAGCAUCCGGCGCCAGACUGACGCUGUGGACACAGUUGCAUUUUGACAAAGGAACGCACAAGACUUGGAUGCAAUAUCGAUAUUAUUUUGUUCUCUCUGAAGACUAUUUACUUUUCUGAUGUGUAUUUUAUUUUUGACGUUCUCGAUCAUCGGGUAAUCAAGAAGAUAUUCCGCAUUUAAAACAUCAUAAAGAAGGACAAUUACCUGUCUUCUAUUUUUAUAAUAUCACAGUUUCUAAGUCUUUUAACACUUACGUUUGUGGUCUAAGGCAUUCGGACCACAACCUCCAAGCAGCAAUGCCCGAGACGGCGCAAGAGACGUGCACUCCGGUGAAAGACUCUCCCUUCUUCAUUAAGAACUUGCUGAACUGUGAUAGUAAACCAUCCAAACCCAAGCCCAUCUUCGCCUCGGCAAAGGUAGCUUUGGAAGGGGGCUUUUCUCUAUCCCAGGUCGGGGACUUCAACUUUCCUCGCUUUGAGUUACCCACACAGAGAUUUGCCUUACCCGCGCACUAUCUGGAGCGAGCCUCAGCAUGGUGGUAUCCCUACACACUCAGCGCAGCCAGUCAUCUACACAGAACCGAAGUUGCCGAGAAGGCACGAGCAAGAGACUCCUCUCCCACCUCUGGCACCGAUCGCGACUCGCCAGACCUGGUGCUCAAAUCUGACCCAGACGGCAAAGAAGACGAGGACAACAAAAGUGGUGAUGAAAUAGUUCUUGAAGAGAGUGAUCCCGAGGACACAAAGAAACACAGUGGGGUAGACGACUGGAAGAAACACGAGGACCGUGGGGACAAGAAAGCAUGUCGAAAAAAGAAAACACGCACGGUGUUCUCCCGGAGUCAGGUGUUUCAGCUCGAGUCCACCUUUGACAUGAAACGCUACUUGAGCAGUUCGGAGAGGGCCGGAUUGGCUGCGUCUUUGCACCUGACAGAGACCCAGGUAAAGAUUUGGUUCCAGAACAGAAGAAAUAAAUGGAAGAGGCAGCUUGCCGCUGAACUAGAAGCUGCAAAUCUGAGCCACGCCACUGCACAGAGGAUAGUGCGAGUGCCCAUCCUCUACCACGAAAACUCUGCCUCAGAAACUGUCAGUGCGACCGGGAACGUGCCUGUGAGCCAGCCGCUCCUCACCUUCCCUCACCACCUCUAUUACUCUCACCCAAUCGUCACCUCUGUGCCGCUACUCAGACCGGUCUGAAAAACAAGAGGUUGUUGUCUAUAUUCCUAACUCGUACAGAACACUACACA